AAGAAGAAGAAGUAAAAUGGCGACAACACCAUAAGAGAAAUCGUUUUGCGUGCUGCAAUUUGCCAAGUGUGAGCCCAUUGUUCAAGUGCAACUGGCCUGGAAGAGGUGGACAACAAGAUCUUGCUCAUCGUCUAUGCCCCCCAGGUCUCCAGACCGUACCUCCUGUGAUUUUUAUCUAUAGGGGUACAUUAAAGAAAGUGUUUGUUCCACCUAUGUCUGCUAAUCUUCAUGAUUUGCAACAUCGAACUGAGGAAGCUGUGAAUUCAGUAACUAAGGACCCGUUGACUCGUGUGUGGCAAGAAAUUGUCUACCGUUGUGAUGUUUGUCGCGCUACACGUGAUGCUCAAGUCGAGUGCCUGCAACCUCAAAGACCACAAGGAACAAACUUUGAACUUUCCUCUGUCCACUGAUGUGCGGAAUGUGUCAUUGACUUAUACAGUUUGUUUGAAAUUUAUGAAAUCUGCUCUUUCAUUUUGAAUAGCCCUGUAUUAGAAAAAUAAACGUCAGACUUGAAGAUGAAUGACAUAUUUGAAAAGCGAAAUUGACAUUGGUGUUUGUGGAACACAGUGUGCGAUAACUUCAACUUUGUAAAUACCUCCGUUAAUAUUCAUUGCAUUGUGUUUGUAUCAUUUUAUUAUUAUUAUUAUUACUUUUUCUUUCCUUUAUCUUUAUUGUCGUUCACAUCUUUUCGAUAACAAUCAUCGGUCCCAAAACGGCAAUCGGCCAGUGAAGUUAAACGCUCCGCCGCACCUGAGUUUAGUUCUACAGCGCCAUCUUGUGGAAGGAAAUAUUUUGCAACGAAGAAAAGUUUAAACGCCGCCAAGAAUUUGUAAGGACUUAAAAAAUAUUUUUGAAAAGAUGAAGAGUCAGCUGAUUGUCGCUGUUCUACUCAUUUUUUCUCAAUUAUUUCUCUGCUUCUCUUCUGUUCUUCUUUUUCUGUUACUUGAUCUCUCGUAUCCAGCGCCGCUGCUCGUAAUUCGUCCUUUUGCAGAUCGGUACGUAUUUUUAAUCACGAACCACACUGAAAUAAAAUAAAAAAUAAAAAUAAAACGCCAGUACAGCUACCGUAUGAAAAAGCGGGCUUACAUGCAGAAUGCUUGUUUCUCUGUGCCCGCCACGUGGUUGCUAAUUAAGCCCACUUGAGCCCCGCCCACCCGGAAGUGACAGGCGAGUCUUCACAUUCGAAUUUCAACUCCGAACUGGGAGUCGGGAUCGCCGAUCACGAUGGCGGCACCUCCGCUGUCUCUGUCCGCUGAUCGGUACUCGUGCUCGGUGUGUCUGGACGUCCUGAAGGAACCCGUCACCAUCCCGUGUGGACACAACUACUGUAUGCGCUGUAUUAAUAACUACUGGGACCAGUCAGAUAAAGAGGGGACUUAUAACUGUCCUCAGUGCCGAAGAACAUUUAACGUGAGACCAGAGCUCAGCAAAAACGCAAUGUUAAAGGAUAUCAUAGAGAAAUUAAAAUCCAUGGAAGUCGAUGUCGACCCGCCUCAGUGUUCUGCCGGACCGGACGAUGUCCCCUGUGAUGUUUGUCCAGUUAGUAAACGGAGCGCCGUGAAGACCUGCAUGACCUGCAUGAUCUCCUACUGCGAGACUCACCUGCAGCCACACAAGGAGCAUGGAGCCUACAAAAGACACAAACUGGAGGAGCCGACUGGACACCUGGAGGGGAAACUCUGCUCCAAACACCAGAAAGUUGUGGAAAUCUUCUGUAGGACCGACGAGACCUGCGUCUGCUUAAUGUGUGCGGUGACCGAGCACAAGAGUCACGACACGGUGACACCUGAGGAGGAGAGAGCGGAGAGACAGACUCGGCUGGAAAACACAAAGGCCGAAAUGAAAAGUCAAAUGGAGGAAAAGGAGAAGAAAGUGGAGGAGAUCAAGAAGACGGUGGUGAGGAUUCAGCGCUCUGCUGAGAAGGAAGUGCAGGAACACGAGAAGACCUUCAGGGCUGUGCUUGAGUCCAUUGAGAGGCUGAGGUCAGAGGUCACUGAGGUCAUUAGAGAGUACGAGAGGAGGGAAGUGAGGAAGGCCGAAGAGCUCAUCGAGAGACUGGAGAAGGAGAUCGAGGCGCUGAAGAUGAGGGACGCUGAGCUGGCCGAGCUCUCACAGACAGACGACCACAUCCACUUUUUAAAGAAGUCUCUGUCUUUCUGUGACCCUCCUAGAGAGGAAGAAGGAUCUGACAUCACCAUCAACAGAGAUUUUCUUCCAAAGACUCUGAGGACACGAAUGUCCGACCUGAGGAAAAGUCUGGAGGAAGCCAGUGAUUGGGAGUUAGUGAAGACCAGUGAGACCGGAGCUGAUGGUUCAAGUCACAUCCUGCAGAAUCUGAGAUGUAGAAAUCACCUUUUAAAGUACUCCCGUCCGCUCACCCUGGACCGCAACACGGCACACAGACUCCUCCGCCUGUCUGAAGACAACAGGAAGGUGACAUGUGAGGUGACGGAGAGCCCGUAUCCUGAUCACCCUGAUAGAUUUGACCAUUGGUGCCAAGUUCUGUGCACAGAGGCGUUGAGUGGGACACGCUGCUACUGGGAGGUCAAGUGCAGUGCAGGCAAGACAGGAGUUGGGGUCGCAUGUAAAGGAAUUGACAGGAAAGGAGAUUGUAACAAGAGCCGCUUGGGGUGUAAUGACAAAUCCUGGAUUUUGUGCUGCCGUGAUUCCGUUUACUCUUUCUGGUAUAACAACAUAUAUACUAAAAUUAGCGCCCCCUGCAGUCACACAAUAGGCGUCUAUCUGGACUAUCCCGGUGGCUCUCUGUCCUUUUAUGGAAUCUCAGACACAAUGAACCUCCUGCACAGGUUUGAGACCACCUUUGAUGAGCCACUCUAUCCAUCGUUUGAAGCGGUACCGGACUCUAGUGUGACAAUCUGCUCUGUCAAGCCAUCUGACCAUUAAGCAGCGUCAUCUUCAGGUCACCUCGCAUUUCUGGCACACAGGCUAUCUUGUAACUUUGAAGACGAGGACAAUUCCAGAUGUCAUGGUGGAGUUCAUUUGUCAUUUCCUACUUGGUACCUGACUCUCACACAUACAGUACACGAACACAUUGGAUUUUCUCCUACCAAGGUGACGCUUCAUAGCCAUGUUUGGCAAAGCCACCAUCCUUCAACGUGAAUAUCAUCAGCAAUUAAAACGAAGAGAAUGGACAACGGGCAGCUACGUUCCAUUCAUGGAUCAUCAAACUGAAAGCCCCACCCCAUUUGGAGACCCGCUCUUCACCCCCAGUUUGUGUUCAGUACUCUCGAUGACCACAAGGUGUCAAAACUUAAUAGUGUAAAAUUAAAACUCUGCCCAGGCUGUGGGGACAGAUGUGACAUGAGAGUCGAGUCCUUGUCAUUUGCAAUUUUGUUUUUAAUUUCAUUUCGGGUGUAAACAUUAAUGAGUGAGUGUAAGUAGAGGUCAGGAUUGUCUGAGCCACUGUCUCGGCUUGUUUUAUUGCAUGGCGGUCAGCCCUCUUGUCUUGGUCAGGGUCAUUGUGUAGUCUCCGUGUAGUCUCGGCGUUCAUUUGUUUUACUGAGUCUUUCAUUGUGCCCCCCCAAGUCUCACAAACCUUAGUUUUAGAUUCUCUCCCUAAAGUGGCACAAUGGCUAUUGUGUGAGUGCAGCCCCAAACCCAACCCCUUCAAGGUCAAUUGUUAAUCUGAGACACCGAGGCUCCCACUAUUGUGUACUUAUGUAUUAAAUAUGGGACUUGAAAAGUGAGUUUCUAAUACAACAAGCCCAGAUGUUAUCUGUUCUUCCAUGUCUCUCUUAUUGUAUUGCCCUCUUUAAUCGAGUUUGAACUUGUGAAGAUCGGCGUUGUAGCCAAAGAGAUAAUAAAGUAGAAGAUGACUUUCCUCAAUUUCAUACUGUACUGUGUAAAUGAAACAAUCCUUAAGAUGAGGUCAACUUUUUAGUAACUGUAACCCUAAUAUCAGCAUAUCUUUCAUAACUGAGGAAUGCAGUAGAAGUGUGUGUGUGUGCGUGUGAGCAAAUCCUUAGGGACACACACUCCUCAUACUGCAGGUCGGUCCUCAUUUUUGCUGUCCAAACACCCUCAGUUCUUCAUGCCAUGGGUUCCCCAAGAUUCUUAUCCACUUUGACAUGAUGUCACCACACAGUUUCUGCCGAUUUGUCACCUGCACAUUCACGCUGCGUCCUACCGCUUCCCAAACAUGGAGACUGAGAAGGCCACGGAAGAACCCUAAACUCCUCGUCGUGUUUAAUGAAAGCAGUUUGCUGUGUGAAAUUAUGUAUUUUGAUGCUGGAGGUUGUAUUGAGAAUUUAGAUUUAAGGAUCUUAUUGUUAGUUUUGGAGUCAUGUCAGUCAUUCAUUGUCCAACCUGCUAUAUCCUAACACUGGGUCAUGAGGGUCUGCUGGAGCCAAUCCCAGCCAGCACAGG